GAUGAAGACUACAGCAGGAAACUUUCUUCCUCUUUUUCUCUGUGUGUCCCUCCUUUUUGGCUUUCUUGUAUCGAUCAGCAAUGGCAGCCGACAAGGCGAAGCCUUUCGAGUUUUCAGAAAGAUCAAGGCCACUGAGGGAGUGGACACAACCCACGACCUCACUCAGGUCCUACCCGAUUUCAAUCCAGAGCUAAUUCCUCAAGAGGGAUCCAAAGAGAGUGACAAAAUCUUAAAGUUGCCGGGGCAACCCAAAGAUGUGAAUUUUGGCCAAUAUGGUGGGUAUAUCACAGUCAAUAAGACCGCCGGAAGAGCCCUUUACUACUACUUCGCCGAAGUCGAUCCUAAAGACGAUUCGAAGCCUCUUAUCAUCUGGUUUAAUGGAGGUCCUGGUUGUUCUUCUCUUGGAUAUGGAGCAUUUGAGGAAGUCGGUCCAUUUCUCGUACGAGGAGAAAAUCUAAUUGAGAAUCCAUAUUCAUGGAACAAAUUGGGGAACCUCUUGUUCAUUGAGUCACCAGCAGGAGUUGGGUUCUCUUAUUCUAACAUGACAUCGGAUUAUACUUCGACCGGAGAUAGUAGAACAGCGAAAGAUGCUUAUACAUUCUUGUUACAUUGGUUAGAAAGGUUCCCAGAACACAAGAACAAAGAUGUGUAUAUAGCUGGAGAAAGCUAUGCUGGUCAUUAUGUUCCUCAACUUGCUUAUACUAUUGUUCAACAAAAUAAGAAGUGUGGUAGAAUCAUCAAUCUCAAGGGCAUUUCUAUUGGAAACCCUAUUAUCCAUGACAUUGAUGAUCGUAGCAGUGGUGACGAAGGUGGCGGCUCUCUUGGACUGUAUGAGUUCCAAUGGAAGCACCAUCUCAUCUCUGAUGAAUCCUGGAAUGCAAUCCAUACAAUCUGUGAUUUCAAUGUUCCGAUCGACGAGAGGACUAAUGAUUGUAAAGUAACUUUAGUUGUGAAUUUCGUGAGAAUCGGUGACAACAUAGAUCCUUAUAACAUUUAUGGUCCGAAGUGCUAUGAACACAAUACAUCAUCAGUGACCUCGGGUCCAGUUGGAUCAGGUGAUCCAUGUGCCCACAAUCAAAUUACUACCUAUUUGGAUCGUCCAGAAGUUGUAAAGGCCUUAAAUGCCAAAUUUACCAGAUUUGAUGAAGGUUACCCAAGCCCUGAUGAUCCUAGAAUAAUGAUUGGUAAAUGGGAUAAGUGGGCAGGCUGCAGCGGCGAUUUGGAUUCUGUUGUUGCGUAUACUUGCACAAGAAAUUCGAUAAAGAGGUUGGGGCUUACGGAGAAGAAGAAAUGGCAUCUUUGGGGCACCGAUGAGAUUAGUGGAACUGUGGUUACAUACGAAGGCAACGUGACAUUGGCUACUGUGAGAGGAGCAGGUCAUGAGGUUCCAAUGGACCAACCACGAAGAGGAUUUGAACUCAUUCAGUCUUUCCUUGAAGGAACACAACUUCCAAAAGCCAAGCCUCUUAUGAACCUCGCAGAAAUGGGGAUCAAUGAAGAUGAUGUUGAUUAA